AUGGGGGUAGAAGCGUACCCGGACCACCCUGAGCGCGACUCCCUGGACGGGCACCUCCCCGGCUCCUCCCACGGGACCGGCAACCCCCCGCCGCCCCCCGCGCCCCCCGCCGCCUCCGGGGUCAGCACCAAGCCUUCCGGCAGCGGCUUCACCAAGGGGCCGAAUGCCAAGAACAAGAAGCACAAGAAGCUAAAGAACGAGGCCGAUGAAGGGCCGCCCUCUGGCGACGGCGCAGAGAAGGACAAGAAGAAAGACCUCUACGAAAAGUCCGGCAAAGACAAGGACAUGGAGACCGGCGGGGGCUACCGGCCCAAAACCGAACCCUACACGUACCUCUGGGUCGUCAUGUCCGGAAUGUAUGGGAAGCUGGUGGUGCUGCUCAUGCUUGCCUUCUGCCUCACCGAGGUCCUCGACAACCAGGUUCUGCCGCUCACGUUCCAGGGCAUCUUCCUCAUGUACCUGUACGUGGGCUCCAUCGUGGCCAUCAUGUGCAUCUACGUGACCGUGAUCGCGGACAACUGCCCCUCGAUCACCGCCAGCAAAGAGAACCUGACGAAGAACGGGGACCCUGAGGCGGGCUCCAUCACCUCCUUCGGGACGCUCAAGAGGGCGCACAUUUCCCGCUCGAAGACUUCAAGGACCUCCUUCUACCUGCGGGUCGGCGCGCUGGUGUUCGGCCUCGGAACGCUCAUCUUCAACGGCUUGGAGAUCGCCAUGCACUCCACCAUGAAGGGCGAGUGCGUGGAGGACAUCGUGUUCGCGCACCCGAUCCUGCAGGCGCUCUUCACCUUCCUGCAAAUGCACUUCCUCUUCGUCAACUCCGAGGUGAUCGUGGAGAAGUUCGGGCAGGUGGCCCGGUUCGGCUUCAUGCACCUGGUGGCCACCAACGUGGCCAUCUGGAUCCGCAUGGUGGUCUGGGAGUCGGCCACAGACUCCAUCGAGGUCAUGUACUCCGACAUGCCGCUGGCCGAGGUGCCGCCCCACGCCGAGCAGGUCCUGCGCCUGUACUCCUGCUUCCAGAACAACUCCCUGGGGCGCCUCUGGACCGACGCACAGCCCUACCUGUUCCCGUUCCUGGUGGAGUACAGCCUGAUCGCGGCGGCCGUGACCUACAUCAUGUGGUGCAACGUGGGCAAGGAGAAGAUGAAGAAGCUGGGCCACCUGAGCAAGGCGUCGGCCGAGGAUUCCGCCACGCUGGACAAGAGAGGCGUCCGGAAGGGGUACUGGAAGGUCGACUGCCGCUCCGCCUCCAAGGGGCUGUUCCUCGGGCUGCUCUGCCUGGUGGGCGGCAUCGUGAUCCUCAUCAUGUUCUUCGUGAUGAAGAACGAGGACGACUUCCAGGACACGAUGUUCUGGAUCAGCAACGCCACGCAGAUGAUCAUCCUGGGGCUGGCGGUCAUCAGCACCGUCAUCGGCUUCCUGCAGAUCCCCAAGCUCUCGGUGUCGACCUCGAAGCCGCUCGACCUCGACCGCCUCCUCCUCUCGACGACCAUCAUCGGCGUCUACCUGUUCGCCGUCUUCGGCAUGAUCGUCGGCGGAAUCAACUACACCGACUCGCAGUCGCUCGCCACCUUCUGCGUGCACGCCCUGCUGCUCGUGCAGGUGUCCCUGCAGGGGAUGCUGGUGGCGGAGGCGAGUCGGCGUACCUGCACCUCCAGGUACCAGAUGCUGACGAAGCCGGGCCGCCAGGUGAUCACGUUCCUGCUGUUCGCCAACAUCACGCUGUGGAUCUUGGACACGUUCAUGACGCACACGCGGAUUUCGCAACACUUCCAGUUUUCCUUCUACGGGACGCUGGCGUGGGGCAUCAUCUCGAGGAUCUCCGUGCCGCUGCUCAUCCUCUACCGCUUCCACUCGGCCGUCAUCCUCGUCGAGAUCUGGAAGAACACCUACAGGACCAAGGCCGACUAGGAAGCACCACCUCCAGCCAGCUCAGAACCAAGCGGCCAGGCCCAUCUCCCUCCCGCUCCUCCUCCUCCUCAGGAUCUCGGUUCGCCCUCAGACUCGAACGCGAUUCGCUCCUCUCCGGGGAGGGGAACCG